CUUCCCACGUUCUUUGCUGUAGGCUUGCUGUUUUCUUUUUCCUUUUCUGACUUUUUGUUUAUGUGCGGUGUCAGUCAGGGCCCUGUUGCAGGGUUUUGGGGCAGGCAGCUGCUUUUUGGUGACUGGCAGCAGUGUCUCCUACUUCUCUCAUCCUUCCUUUAGAUCUCCUGCCUUCCUCCUGUUCCCCCGCACUUUGAUAUAAGCUAACCUCCUUUGCGGAUUAGAGAGCUUUCCAUCCAAGAACCUCAGGCCUCCUGCAGACAAACUUUUCUGGGGCCAGUGUUCAUCUUCUGCAGCAGGAGAGCUUUUCCUGGUUGCGAUCCGUCUCAGGUGAGUGACACCACUUGAAGCCCGCUGCCAUUUGGGAUACGUGGAGCUGGUGGAUGAGUCCUGGGCUGAGGAUUUGCCUCUGCACAGAGCUGCAAGUGCUCAAGCCUGGCGUUUGCAGGGGCAGGGGGGUGGGAUUUGGCUUUCCAGGCCGCUCCUGGGACCCUGAGCGGUUCGAUGGCUGAAGUGGGAGCUCGCCAGGCUGUCCUCGGAGAGCUCGGGGAUGGAGCUGCUGAGCCGGGAGCAACAGCGAAGACCUCUCACAUUGAUUUUGGCACCCGCUAAUUAACUGUGCAACGGUGGUGGCAAAAAUGCUGCAGGCAGGGCCAGCGAAGGGCAGACCUGUGGGGCUGAUUUCCCCCCCCCCAACAGGGCCAGCGCUGGGGGCCGGGGCCUGGCCUUCGGUGGCUCUUGCAGGAGCGUGCAGCACGUGGGGCCCGCGAGGGCCUGGGCUGAGGGGAGGGCAGGGCGCGGGGAGCUGUGGUGGUGCUCGGGAGGGAACCCAAAAGGGUUCUAGGCCUGGUUUUUAUGUCAUUAGUUCGGUCUGUGUGAAUUCACUUGUAGUUUGAUUCUUUCAAGUAUUCUCGUCUUAUUUACUCUGCUUCUUAUUUCCAUCUCAGUUGUGUUUAUUCUAGUGAAACAGCUUUUUUUUUUUCCUUAAAGGUGUUUUAUUCAGGGAGCUGGCUUGUCCUGUGCUGACAGGAGACCCCUGGGCUUUUCUGAGCUGCCUGGGGGCUUUGCCAGCGCAGCCCUGGUAGAGCUGACGUUGCCUUGGUGGGCACCGCCUCCCGCAAGCAAAUCAGCCCCGCGCCUGCUCCUGCCCUCUGCCUUGUUUAGCAGCUCCCCCUAACCCCACAGGGCAGGAGCAGAGAUGAUGCCGGCCCUUUGUGAGCGGCCAGGCGGGCAGGGCAGUGCUGCUCACGUUGAGGUUUGGCCAGGGAAGUAGAGCUGAAAUCUCUGCUUUUGCUUGGAAGGUUUCAGGUCCAGGUUUUGGCUUUGUAAUUGCGAGGUUACCCCCUCAGAAAGGCAUCGGUGUGGCUCGCGGGGCCUCGUGCUGUGGCUGCAGGGAGAGCAGGUAAAGGGCAGGAGGGAGGAAAACACGGGAAGGAGAUGAGGAUGAGUGAGGGGUGGCGGAAGGAAGCUGAGGUGAAGGAGGGGGAGAGGCUGGCUGGGAGAGGAGCAGCGCUCGCUCCAAUCCUGAUGACCCACCGCAGGCUGGCAGCGCUCUGUGCUGUCAGGGCACGUCUGCAAGCGUCAGCCUUCGUGUUGGCUCCCUCGGAUGGGCACGGUGCUGUGCCGCGGGGCGAGGAGCGUGAAGCUUCUGGGCUAGGAGGAGCUUCAGCCUAGAGCAGUAGCUGGAAGCCCAAGGCCUUUUUAGUAAGGGAUGCCGCUGAUGGCUGCCUCGCGGGAGGUGCUGCCCAGGACCGAGGCGUGUUAAAGAUGAGGAGUGCUCUGCUCUCCGUGUCGCCUGGCUCUGGCGCCGGCCAGCUAGGUUUCUUGGAGUUUCCUUCGGAGUCUGGCAGCCUUCUGCUUCAGGGAGCACAGUGGUCUCGUAAGAGUUGAUUUGAGCUGACACAUGACAAAUUGUUUCUGCUGGUGGGUACUCGAGGCGGGCUGUUAGCUGGCAGCCUUGGCUCUGCAGGCACCAGGGAAGCUGGGCACGGCGAGCCUGCCCUCCUCCUGCUCGAACACACCAGCAGAGGAGUGUUCUUGUGGGCCACCUCCCGUCCCAGCCUCCUUUUUGCUGGUUGAGUUGUGCUGUUUGCAGAGAUUAUUAAUGGUGCUUAUGUGCUUAAGACGCUCUUUGUGUUUGUCAUUGUGCUCCGGCGUGCGGGGCAGAGCCUGCCUUUCUGGCUGCCACGAAGGACGCUCUGUUGGGUUGCUUUGCUUUUGGGCACCCUUUUAACUCUGCGGUAAGAAGUGGAAUAUUACUGUCCUCGGCAGAAUUUAGUAUCUAGUAGUGUUACCUAAAAAGUACACAUCCCCUGUGAGAUGCUGUAAAUACGUUUUAUCUCUUCUAUUACCUCUGGUUUCCAGAAUAUGUCCCCUAAACAUUUUAAUCUUGUUUUCCAGGCAUGUCUCAGGGUGAGGAAUCGCUCCUAUUUGCAUCUUUGGGAGUAAUUACUAUGUUCAUUAAUUUUGUCUCAUCCUUGCUGUCCAUCUAUUAUUGCUUCCAAGAGAAAAAACCCUCUGUAAAUCUCCGCUGGAACGGGGCUGACUGCUUGGUUACCAGGAGGGCCGUCCGUGCCUGCAACGGGUCUGGCACGCAGGGAGAUGCCGAGAGCCCUCGCUGGCUUCACAAGGAGCUGCUCAGCGAGGCUGGGGGACACUGGGCCGGAGCCGAGACGCCGCUCGUGGCUGAACCCCGUGGCUCUGAGGAGCAGCGGGUGCAGUUGCAGCGCUCGGUGGCAGUCUGUGGGCGUGGAGCAGCCCUACCGCGUGGAGGGCUUACUUCUUUGGGCGGCCCCCCACGCUUUGGUUUAACAAAGAAAAGAAAAAUAAUAAUGGGGUGUGUGGAGAGGUCAAAGGGUCAAAGGCCGUGUCUGUGCCCUUGCUUGGCUCUCCCUGGGUGCCCGAGGCAGGGGCUGCUCUCCCUCCCCUUCCUGUCCCCUGGGACGUGCGCGGGGACCUGGUCUCUCUGUGACCCUGUGUUCUGCAUGCCCGUGUCCCGGACUCGCAGCUCACGGGGCUGCACAGCGUGGUGCUGGCGCCUUCCCCGUGGCGAGAAGCCACACGGGCCCAGCAGCCCUUCAGCGUGGCGCCCGGCACGGCUCUAUCUCGUAACCUCUGCUGGGAUUCCUGAGCUGUGCAGAGGCAGACUCCCUAACUUGUCCCCGUGUCGCGGGGAUUUAAGAUUGAGCAGCUCUUUGAAGCCUCGGAGCAGCCUGUUCUGCGGUGACAAGGUGGAGAUGAGCGCCGGCGUGGCUUUCCUUCCCCAAGGAGAAGGCUCUGUGGCACAGAUCACAAGCGGCGGCUCUGCGGCUGUUUGAAGAGACCAGCAGGAUCGCAGGGACUGGCUCUCUGCGCGGCAUCAAAGCCCGCCCGUCUGAAGCGGAGAUGCUCGGGAACUCGAACUCGGCAUCCUUCAUGUCUGGGCGGCAAAAGGCAAGGAGGUCUCUGAACCCGGAGUCACUCGGCGGAUCAAAGCUCGGCGUGGCGGAGGCUGAUGAGGCACAAGGCGAGGCUGCCCCGCGGAGGUCGCAGCCCGGGCGGGCGAUCGGGGCUGUCGGGCAGCGGAGCCGGGCCCCGGGGGGAUCCGUGCAACCUUCCCGGGUGCCGAGGGCUCGGGCCCGUGUCUGCCCCGAGAGCACCCGCGGGUGCGCCGGGCCCCGCAGCGCCCCAGCGAUCGCUCCAGGCGUGUCCUGAAAGCGGAGCUGAACGGGCUGUGACAGCUGUGAGGCAGCGAUAGCUAUAAUUAAAAGGAUGCUGCACUGUCAUAUUUCCAUCUUUUUUUUUUUUUCCCCUUGCACUGCUAUAAGAAACACCUAAAAUAGCUCUAUCUGACAAGAGAUUAGAGGAGGGAAGUAUUUUUAAGUUGUGGACUCUUUGCAGUUGGCGGUGCUUUGUGUGCAGGCAGUUCUCUUGCUUCUUCCCUGAUUUUUAUUACGCUUGAAACAGUGCCCAAGGACAAAUGAAGAACGGGGCAUCUUGAUCCUAGGUGUGGUGUCAGCACCAGUCUGUAAGCAUCUCACAAGCAGAAAGGCGAAAAACCAUCCCCCAAAGUAGAGGUGGCAGAUGAUGAAGUACAGGAGAGGGGAGGAAUUAUCUUCUCUUCUAGCUUCUCCUCUCUGUGCCGUUAGUUCCGCACUUGCAGUCUUUGGAGCUCUUUGCUAUUUUAAAUUUCCUUCAGAAAAAAUUGCUUACCGCAUGCUGCCUGCUGCUGGCUGCCCGUUUUCCUGCUUUGGCUUCAGAGGGUGGGAGCUCCUGCGCUUGGGGAGCACGAGGUGUUUUUUAACCUCGGUGGGAAAUGCCUUGCUAGGAGCGUGGGAAUCACGGGAGUCGCUCCUGGACUGAUCGUACAGCGGCGCAGCGAGCGGGGUGUGCGGGGCAGCCGUGCGUGUGCUGGUGCGGGGGCUGUAGCACAUCGCUGUGCAGGCUGGCACAGACACUGAUGAUAUUCCUGUUAAUUUUUUUAACCUCUUGAGUGAGUCUCUUUAAGGGGAGGCCGACGGCUGAAGAGGGGAAGGAGGCUUUUACUCAGUACGAGAGC